AUGGAUACGAUAAAUGCUACACUGGAAAUCCUAACUAAGAAAGUGAAAGACUUGGAGAAGAAAAACAUGUACUUGACAAAUCAAAAUACCCACUUGGAAUUAAAAGUUAAUGCUAUGGAACAACAAAUCAGAAAUAUGGAACAAAAACAGUUGGAUAAUGUACUGGAAAUAACAGGAAUUCUCGAAGAUAAGGACGAGAACUUGGAAAAACUUUCAAGUAAACUAGCCUCGAAACUAAACGUAGAGAAACGUCAAGCGUCAAUGGUGAAAAGACUGAAAGGCAGGGACGGUAAAGAAGGUGUGAUCCAGGUAGUAUUACAACAAGAGGAGCAGGUCUACCAGUGGAUCCGCGCUGCACGAACGGAAACAAUUGCUUUGUAA